GCGGAGGGAGGGAGGCCCCGGUGACGUCCGCGCUGCUCGCGGCCCCGUCUCCUGCGGCCUCCCGCUCCUUGCCUAUUUUGGAAGAGAUGCUGAUGCGCGCGCGCUGGCGCCUUUUUAAGGCAACCGGCGGAGUGGCGGCUCCGCCAGAGCCCGCGCGCUGCCCCCGCCCCCGAGCGGCGAGCCCGGCGCGGGGCCCGGGCCCGGGAGCCCCCGGCGGCGUCCGCCCCAUCCCCCGCCCCUAGUGCCCUCGGCCCCCCGUGGGCCCCCUCCGGCCGCCGGGACACGAGGGUGGGGGGCUGCCCCGCGCCCCUCGCCCCCUCCCCCUAGGAGCCCCGCGAGGAAGUUCGGGGACCCUCUCUGGACCAGGUGAGGACGGCAGCAGCCUCGGGGCUCCCCGGGACUCGGAGCCCACCUGUCUUCAGCCCAGCCCUCACCUUGCUCCCCUCGGGCCCAGUCUGGAGCCAGAUCACGACCCUAGGGAAAACCGGUCCACCCUUCUCCUUAAACUGGAGCCUGCGGGAAGAGCCGUGAUUGGCUCGGGCCAGUGGCCACUUCCCGGACAAGCAGGGGCCAGAGCCCGGUGGGGGGCCGGGGAGGUCAGUCCCCUGGGCCUCAGUGGUGAGGGGAGCUGGCACAGGGACCUCCCUGGCCCUGUCCCGCACCCCAGGGCGCCCGGCGGCCUCCCCCCGACCCAGUGCGCUUCGGGCUCGAUGGCCACCCGGACAAACUCGAGGAUCCUGUGGACGCCGUCACCGACCAGCCGCUGUGCCCCGCUCUGCUUCCAUCGAAGGCUUCCUGCAGCCCGGCUGCUCUCUGGAACCCCACUUUGCCCAGACGUCAGAGUGUGCACCUCGGGGUGGAGGUGUGGCUGCUGGGCCCCUGCAGGGGCUCCGUGGACCCAGCCCCCCGGAAGCCUGCGUUCUCCCUCCAUCUCGGGAUGUGCCCAGGAGCGCUGGGAGGUGCCUGGCGUUCCCAAGGAGCUGUGGGGGGGGGGGGUCUGGACGUCUCUGGGCCCCUGCUCUGGACGAGGACUGGGGAUCCAGAGGCGGACCCGAUCCAGCCCAGCACCUGCGGGCUCCGUGUCUGCGACAGCUCGCCCUGGAGCCUUGAAUGGCACUUGCCAAGGACACCGUAGCCAGGCGGAGCACAGAUGCGCAGGAGUGGAGACUGAGGCACCCUCGGUGAGACACGAUUCGCCAAAGCCACACGGCAGCCCGGGGCCACGCCCCCAGCCCCGCCUCCUGCCCGGCACCUAGACCAGGGCUCAGUCCUCGGUCAAGUUCCCUGCGCCAGGAGCCAAGGACCUGGUGCGGUGGCCGUGUUGGCUGUGUCCCUUGGUCACCUCCUCCCCUGCUCUGAUGACCUCUCAGGGGCCCCCACUCCAGCCCUGGGUCUGGGGUCCUCAAGCCCGGCCCUGGGGCCCCUCCGUGUCUGGCUGGGAGACCCCGGUGAGGGGCGUCUGCCUCCCGCCAGAUGGAAGCCAAGGAUGACAGCCACAGGCAGUGUGGACGACUUUGAGGAUGCCCUGGGGGUCUGUCUCCUGCACCGCGGAGCCCACCGGAGCCCUCCCACGCGUUUGUCCGGAGCAAGACAAGACACACACUUUGACAUCCCUCAGUCGAGAUCCUGGCCCCAGAAAAUCUCCAGGAACGUGGAGUCUCCGUGCGGUUCUGAAGAAGUGCAUUCUCCAUUCACCCUCCAGUGCCUCCCAGUGCCUCCUCCUCUCCUCGGAAAUCUCUGGAAAGGACGCGGCUCUUCUCCAAUCGAGGCUGAGGGUGAUGUCCUCCGAGGUCCCUGAAAAACCCAUGCAAGACAGAGGCAAGGGAUCUCAUGGCCUGUUCUUGCUAUAAAAGGGCCUUUUUCGGAAAAAAUAAUAAAGAAAGGAAUCAGCCAAUCCCUCCUCGAUGCCAUCACCUCUUCUUGGUGAUUUUUCGGGGAAGGAGUGGGCGAGUUGCCAUGGCAACAGAUGCGCGCUCUGCUCAGUAAAGAAGGGACCUUGAUAUUUUUUCUCUCUCAUUCUCUCAGUUGUGUCUGUGUGUGUGUGUGCGUGCAUGUGCGUGCUACACAUGCCUGUGCCCACACCAAGAAUUUUUUUUAUUUAGAACUAAAGAAAGCCCUUCUCUUCUCUCAGCUCCCCAAAUAUGGAGUGAUGGAAAACCACUUACUCCUGCAGGCCAGGGAGGAUUCAGAAUGGCUCCAGAGAAGGGGGGGGGCUCCUGUGGGGCUCCUUUCCUUCAUGUUUUCUCGAGAGGAUGCAUGCAACAGAGCUUCGUAAAUGCUUAGGGACCAAGGGCUGGAAAUAGGGCAAAGAUGCUGGGUGGAGAGUGCAGAGGACAUGUGUGCACGAGCCCAGCGAGUGGCAUCAGAGAGGGCACUGGGAGACACAGUGAGUCUGCAGAAGCCUGCAAAUCCAUCCACAUACACCGUCAGAUGCAGAGAGGAAAGGCCCGAGCAGACAUGGACACACACACACACACACAGUGUAAACAUAAAUACAUACAGACACAGCACAGGAAGUUGGAGACUUAAAAAAAAAAAGACUGGCCCAGAUGCAGGCACAGACAAAUGCAUACUAAUGCAGGGACAUGGACAGAGACAGCUACACGGACACAUAAACACGUGUAGGCAGACAGGCUCAGAUGCAGACACACAGCUACAUACAUGGACAGUGACAGUCAAGUGAGCACACACACACACAGAGUCUGGCUCCCUCCCAUCAACUGCCCAAAUGCCCCCCCCGCCAGGGAGCACACUCACCUGGCAGAUUUGGCUGGGGGGGCCUGCCUCCUCUGUUCCUUCUACACACUCACCCCCGAUGCCCCUCUCCCCAUUCAUCCUUUUGCCCACAUUCUCAGAGCCAGCGGGCUCUGACGCCUCCCCCAUCCCAGGCUUCCAAUUCUGUGCCUGUUCUGCCGCUGCUGCUGCCGCUGCCGCCACUUGGGGGGAGAGUGGGGUGACUCAGCCAGGCCAGGAUGACUCACACUGGCAGUAUUUUUAGCAGCGGCCAGGAGCUCUCUAGCGUGCCAGCCGCCCCCCUCCUCCUGCUUGCUAUUUCGGAACCGUCACUGGUGAUAUAAAUAGCUCCUCUCCCACGGCCUGAAGCUGCUGCCAAGCUAUUUUUGGUUCUACACAGUUAAAAAUAACUUGACGGAGGUGGGAGGCAAGGGGAGUGGGAGCUGGCCUGGAGAGAGGAGACAUUGGGGCACAGAGAGCUUCUCAACUCGAACCGAGUGGGUAAACUAGGCUGAGCCCCCCCGCCCCUCCCUUGUCCCUCUGCAGACCCUUCUUCCCUUCUAAGGUGUCUGCUCAGUGCAUUCUCCUGGAAACCCCAAGGUCUCUUCCCUCGAGCCCCGUUCCCCCCCCUCCUCUGCCCCUGCAGCCCGGAGCCUUUGCUCUUUGCAAGCCCCCCAUUCAUCCUCAGAGAAGGGGAAACCAAAGGGUUCCCUGAGGUCUGCGUGGACCCCAAGCCCUAUUCUGAUGCCCCAGGCAGGCCAUAGCCAACCUGACUCCCAGGGUGGGUCUGUCAGGACCACGGACAGCAACCCGUGCCCUAUUCUUUCCCUGGGAAGCUGCUCACCUUGCUGGAGCCAGGGCUGAACAGUAAAGAUCAGACAGAGGUGAGAGGAACUGUCAGGGUUAGAAACAGUGGGAGAACCUGCUGACCCUAGGAAGCCCCCAACCUCAUGUCACAAGAUGGCAGGAUAGCGCCCCCUAGCCAUGCACCCCUCUUCUGAGGCACCCUUGUUCUCAGAGGCCUCUUCCCCUCCCACUCUCCCUUGAAGAGCGGGAGACCUUGACCUCAACAUUUUCUUCUUGGUGUCAAAGUUCGGCUCCACUCUUCCUGUGUAGCUUCCUACUAAGAGGCUGGUCUCACAUCCCCGUUUUUUUAAGUGGCCUAAUUUCCAGGCCCUCAAACGAUUUUAUGCACACCCCCCAGCCCAUCAAAUGAUAUUUCAGGUAACAGAUAUUCCCUAGCCCACUGCCUCUGCCUUUGUGGGACACUAUGGAAAAGAAAGCCCCCACCCCACCCCAUGCGCGCCCCGGGCGCCCACCGCAGAGAUCAAUCACCUGUGUUGAAAAGAGAUCGAUACAAGGGGGGCGCCAGGGCCAACGGAGACAAAGCCUGACGGCGAGAGGCGGGGGGUUAGGGGACGCACCACGCUGAGCGAGAUACCAGGCACCCAGUGAGACGGACUAGAGAUAGCGAGGAAUCCCGGCAGAAGACGGGGAGGGGGUCGGGGACAGAGAGGAAGGCAAGCAGCCUGGCGGCGUUGGAGGGUCCCCGGCGGGUGCAGGGGUCACGGAGGGUCCCCCCGCCCAGCACCCUGGCUUCUCUGCAGCUUCCCCAUCUUCGCCGCCGAGCCGGGGUGGGGGGGCGGGGAGAGCUCUCGGGAGGCUGCGGAGGCUGCAGGGCCCCGCCCGCUGCGCGCCGCGGCUGCCGCCGGAGGAUUCCUGUCCUAAUAUGGAGCUGGGAUUCCCCCGGCCCCGCCCCCGCCCCCCGGCCCGCGCGGAGACUCCAAGGCUGGUAACAGGGCGGGGGUGGCCGCUCGCUCUGGGGACCGGCAGCAGCUGGGAGGGGUGCCAAAGUGAGGAUGCAUAUCCUCACGGUGCCCCGGGCCCCUGCCUCAGUUUCCCCCCUCGGCGGCUGAGAUGAACGAGUUGACAGGGGAGGGAAGCAUCGGUUGAGGUCCCUGUUCACGACUGUGGGGAACUGGAAGCAGGGCCAAACCUUGCUGGUCCCCCUCCCACAGGACCCCCGUUUGCGCACCAUGAAGGGACAUGGUUCCUUGUGGAGCCCCUGAUACACUGCCAAGACUAGGGUUGGGGGACAGGGCAGGGGGAUUGCUCUGAAAAUGGCCAAGGGAACCCCAGAUGGUGCAGUCCCCAGAGGGGAGCCCAGCUGUGACCCACUCCCCAAAGGCCAAGGAAGGUCCGCCAUCCCUGCACGUGAACGCAACCUUUGGUAAACAGCAGGGGAGUGCGGACAACCCUGCAGCCCCCAGUCCCUUAUCUCCUCCGAAACCUCCGUGGGGGUACCAGCAUCUCCCUCCCUCCCUCCCUGGACUAUCCCGCCGGGGCUCCCAGUGUCCUAGCCAUGGCCGCGUCCCUUCCUCGCAGCCUGGGUCCCCACGCGCCCUUGCAGUCUUUCGGAGCGCAGCGCGCGCCUCCCUGCUCCGCUCCCGCCGGCGCGGCCCCCUCCGCAGCUUCUCCCCCGUCCCCCUCUCCCCCCCCCCCCGCUCUCGGUCCACGUCACGCGAUGACGUUGGAGCCAGGGAGGGAGGAGGAGCCCCCCCGGCCAGCGGCUCCCGCUGCAGCUUGCUUAGCCCAGCCUAUCGCUUUCUAGCCCUCCCCACUCCAAAGCGAGCCCCCCACGCCUGGCAGGAGCUAUAUAAGGCGGAACGAGGCAGGCGAGGGGGCAGCGCAGCCGAGCAGAGCCCAGGAGAGGAGAGAGGCUGAGCGAGAGCCGGGCAAGCAGGAGGAGCAGCCGGGCGUCGGGACGGGCGGCAGGUGUCGGGGCGCCGAGCUGGGACUCCGCAGCCGGCAUCAUGUACCGCUCCACCAAGGGCGCCUCCAAGGCGCGCCGCGACCAGAUCAACGCCGAGAUCCGCAGCCUCAAGGAGCUGCUGCCGCUGGCCGAAGCGGACAAGGUCCGGCUGUCCUACCUUCACAUCAUGAGCCUCGCCUGCAUCUACACUCGCAAGGGCGUCUUCUUCGCUGGAGGCACUGCCCUGGAGGGUCCCACAGGACUCCUCUCAGCUCAAGAGCUUGAAGACAUCGUGGCAGCACUACCUGGGUUCCUGCUUGCGUUCACAGCCGAGGGGAAGUUGCUGUACCUGUCUGAGAGCGUGAGCGAGCACCUGGGCCACUCCAUGGUGGACCUGGUUGCCCAAGGUGAUAGUAUCUACGACAUCAUUGACCCAGCUGACCACCUCACCGUGCGCCAGCAGCUCACCCUGCACUCUGCCCUGGACACUGAUCGUCUCUUCCGCUGUCGCUUCAACACCUCCAAGUCCCUCAGGCGCCAGAGUGCAGGCAACAAACUGGUGCUCAUUCGAGGCCGAUUCCACGCUCACCCGCCUGGAGCCUACUGGGCAGGAAACCCCGUGUUCACAGCUUUCUGCGCCCCACUGGAACCAAGACCUCGCCCUGGCCCUGGCCCCGGCCCUGGCCCUGCCUCACUCUUCCUGGCCAUGUUCCAGAGCCGUCACGCUAAAGAUCUGGCCAUUUUGGACAUCUCUGAAAGUGUCCUAAUCUACCUGGGCUUUGAGCACAGUGAACUGCUCUGUAAGUCGUGGUACGGACUGCUGCACCCCGAGGACCUGGCCCAUGCGUCUGCGCAACACUACCGCCUGUUGACUGAGAGUGGAGAUAUUCAGGCGGAGAUGGUGGUGAGACUGCAGGCCAAGUCUGGAGGCUGGGCGUGGAUUUACUGCCUGUUAUACUCAGAAGGUCCGGAGGGGCCCAUUACUGCCAAUAACUACCCGAUCAGUGACUCGGAAGCCUGGAGCCUCCGCCAGCAGCUGAACUCUGAAGACACCCUAGCGUCCUACAUCCUGGGCGCCCCGGCCAUGCCGCCCUCGUUCCCUGAGAACAUCCUCUCCCAGGAGCAAUGCUCCAGCCCUAACCCGCUCUUCACCCCAGCCUUGGGGGCUCCCAGAAGCACCAGCUUCCCCGGUGCUCCUGAACUGGGCGUUGUCUCCACAUCAGAAGAGCUUCCUCAAGCCCCCAAAGAGGUGGACUUCAGAUACCUGACGUUCCCUUCCGGGCCUGCGCCUUCUCUCCAGGCAGACCUGAGCAAGGACCUUGUGUGCACGCCGCCCUACACGCCACACCAGCCCGGAGGCUGUGCCUUCCUCUUCAGCCUCCAUGAGCCCUUCCAGACCCACUUGCCCGCCCCGUCCAGCUCUCUCCAAGAACAGCUGACUCCAAGCACCGUGACCUUCUCGGACCAGUUGACGCCCAGCAGUGCGACCUUCCCGGACCCACUCACCAGCCCACUCCAAGGCCAGUUGACCGAAACCCCGGCCAGAAGCUACGAGGAGCAGCUGACUCCUUGCACCUCCGCCUUCCCUGACCCGCUGCUUCCGGGCACUGCCACCUUCCCGGAGCCCCUGGGCAGCCCUGCCCGUGAGCAGCUGACUCCUCCCAGCACAGCAUUCCAAGCACACCUGAGCAGCCCCAGCCAGACUUUCCCGGAGCAACUGAGCCCCAAUCCCACCAAGACUUACUUCGCCCAGGAGGGAUGCAGUUUUCUCUAUGAGAAGUUGCCCCCAAGUCCUAGCAGCCCUGGUAAUGGGGACUGCACACUCCUGGCCCUAGCCCAGCUCCGGGGUCCCCUCUCCGUGGAUGUCCCCCUGGUGCCCGAAGGCCUGCUCACACCCGAGGCCUCCCCAGUCAAGCAGAGCUUCUUCCACUACUCCGAGAAAGAGCAGCACGAGAUCGACCGCCUCAUCCAGCAGAUUAGCCAGCUGGCUCAGGGCAUGGACCGGCCUUUCUCGGCGGAGGCUGGCACCGGCGGACUGGAGCCACUGGGAGGGCUGGAGCCUCUGGACUCCAAUCUGUCCCUGCCGGGGGCUGGCCCCCCGGUGCUUAGCCUGGACCUGAAGCCCUGGAAGUGCCAGGAGCUGGAUUUCCUGGCUGACCCUGAUAGCAUAUUCCUGGAAGAGACGCCCGUGGAAGACAUCUUCAUGGAUCUCUCCACCCCAGACCCCAAUGGGGAAUGGGGCUCCGGGGAUCCUGAGGCUGAGGGCCCGGGAGGGGCCCCAUCGCCUUGCAACAACCUGUCCCCAGAAGACCACAGCUUCCUGGAGGACCUGGCCACAUACGAAACCGCCUUUGAGACAGGUGUCUCAGCAUUCCCCUAUGAUGGGUUUACUGAUGAGUUGCAUCAACUCCAGAGCCAAGUUCAAGACAGCUUCCAUGAAGAUGGAAGUGGAGGGGAAUCAACGUUUUGAAUAAGUCUGUGACUUAACGUCGUCAAGUAUGGCAUAUUGUCAUCAAGACGUGGAGCCGCUCUCCACCCCCCCGGGACUGUUGGGGGGAUUCUGGGGGCCAGAGGGGGGAUUUGUCCGAUUCCCCAGGCCCUGCAGGAUUUUGGGGGGGGGGGAGGUGGGAGGGCAAGGGAGGGAGCUUCUUUUUAAAACCAAGAGACUUCCAGUGAUCUCAGUUUCCAAUUCAAUCUGUAUUCACUCGUAGUGAGUUUCCUUGAAUGGGAUUUCAAGCGGAGAAUGGGGGAGUGUCACUUCCCCGCCGCGCUGCCCCAUGGGCCUGGGCCAGUUCUCCACUCCCAGGGGCCAAGCACCCCUGGGCCUCAGUGGGGGAAAAGCAGGGCCCACCCGGGCGAGCCUGUGCCCCGAGGGGCUCUUGACACUCACGUAGAAUUCUCUACACACCAGUAACGGGAUUUCAAUUCCGACGGACUCGGCCGCCCCGGCGGCUCUUCCUGUGACUUUUGCGCCCCGUGCCUGGAGUGGGGGGCGCGAAGAGACGCUACGUUCCUUUCCGAUGGAGGAAGGCAGACCUGCCGCCACACGUGCGCUUGCACGAGUGCGUGUACCUGGUGCGGGACUCACCCGGCCGCCAGACCGCCUGGGCCUGCCCGGGCGGCCACCUCGUGGUGCUGCGGUGACUUUGUAGCCAACUUUAUAAUAAAGUCCAGUUUGCCUUUUUGGUA